CCUGGCAACUGUGAGAUUGUCGGUCUACUCAGUACUGCCGUCGUAGGCAGGUUGUAAUGCGAGGCCAAUCACAUAUCUUGCGGCUAGGUUAUGCCAGGCUAUGCGACCUGCUCAUCCUUUCCACGAAGCUCCCCGGGCGCACGUGGGUAGAUUAGCCAAUCGGCGCCGCCAUGCCGGGACGAUUCCCAUGGACACACGCGCCGCAACCAGCAACUCCUACAUCUAGGUAGGUAUGAGUAUGAGUACAGCAGGUAGAUAUAUCUCCUCGAUUACCUCCCUUCACCGCCACCUCUCGCCUAGCCUGUCCGCAUACAUCGCCCGCGAGCUUUCCAACAUGCCAAAGUACCUACCUACCUGCACAGUGAAGCAAGGAGGUCGGUACACAGGGCGCCCAUCAAGUGCUACAGACAUGUGUAGGUUCGACGCGGGGUUCCGCCGGAGGUCCAGCAUAUGCGGUCAAUCACGCCAUGCGAUGUCGGAACUGAAGAUAUAUAUCUCGUUCCGCCUUCGCUUAGCCCUGCGAUAUCCGAGCGGUAGCGUAUGCCGGGCGUCUUGGGGUUCUGAUCGAGGAUGCAUGAUACGACGAGACCUCGCGCUAUUUGCUCUCUGUUUUACUCCGCCUACAUACCUACUACCUAGCGCAGUAGUAGGUCUCCCUCGUGGUCGGCAAAGGCCGACGGCGUUUUUCUCAUCCCACCUGCGGCGUCCCUGCAUUCUGCUCCCGGCCCCCAAGCAGCGCCUAACCUAAUGAUGGGGGGUGGGGGUGGAGGAGGGGGAGGGAGAC